CAUGAACACAACUCAGACUGAAGUUAGACUGGAGUGAACUAAAGCAAACCGCUGGUUUCCUCUCUGGAGGAGCCAAUGAAUGAGGAGUUAGUUGGUCAUCAGCAAACGAGUAUCAGGUGCCAGUAAUCAGCUCCUAUUAGAGCAGCAGCACAGGAGAGAAAAGAAAACAAAAGUGGUCAUGGACAAACCAGUGUGCUUGAUUGACACGGCGUCCGAUGGGAAGCUGUGUGUGCAGGGGUCAGCGUUGCAGGUUCUGGAGCAGAUCCAGCAGCCCGUGGUGGUGGUGGCUGUGGUGGGUCUCUACCGCACCGGGAAGUCCUAUCUGAUGAAUCGACUGGCAGGGAAGCAAACAGGGUUUGCACUGGGCAGCACAAUCGAGUCCAAGACGAAGGGCAUCUGGAUGUGGUGCGUGCCUCACCCCACUAAAGCAGAAACCACUCUGGUGCUGCUGGACACCGAGGGACUCGGGGACGUGGACAAGGGCGACUCAAAGCAUGACACCAGGAUCUUCUCUCUGGCUGUCCUUCUGAGCAGCACUCUAGUCCUGAACAGUCGAGGAACUAUUGACAACAGGGCUAUAGAGGAACUGCAAUACGUCACUGAGCUAACAGAGUACAUCAAGAUCAAGUCACCUGAUGAAGCUGUAGAUGAUGCAGAGUUUGUCAAGUUCUUCCCCAGUUUCAUCUGGGCCGUGAGGGACUUCACUCUGCAGCUAAACAUCGAUGGGAAAGACACAACAGAGGACGAAUACCUAGAGUUUGCUCUGAAGCUAAAGCUAGGUAACUCGAGUCAAGUGAACAAUUACAACCUUCCAAGAGAGUGCAUUCGCAAAUACUUCCCAUCUCGGAAAUGUUUCACCUUCCCGUUCCAAACCAAUCCAGACAAUGUCUCUUAUCUGGAGACACUGGACCCAGCUGAGAUUUCACAAAGAUUCUUGGAGGUCACGGGUCGUUUCUGCCAGUUUAUCUUUGACCAGAGCCAAGUGAAAAAUCUGAAAGAUGGACACACGGUCACCGGCAGAGUUCUGGGUCAUCUAGUAAAAACAUACGUAGACACCAUCGCCAGUGGAGCUGUGCCGUGUCUGGAGAACGCUGUGAUCUCAAUGGCACUGAUUGAGAAUGAGGCUGCGGUGAAGGAGGGGCUUGAGGUGUACCAGAGUGGAAUGGAGAAGCUGAAGAAGUCCUUCCCUCUGGAACUGAACGAAAUCACCUCGGAACACCAAUGCUUCAGUCUCAUGGCAACACAGACCUUCAUGAAACGCUCCUUCAGGGACAGUGAUGGGAAGCACUUGGCAUCUUUAGAGGAAGCCAUCAAUCAUCAGUUUGACAGCUAUCUCUGGGACAAUGAGAAUGCCUCCGAGGCAAAAUGUGAAAGUCUUCUGUCAGUUCUCUCUGAACCAAUGACGGAGAGGAUCAAUCAAGGAUUUUAUGCCACAGCUGGUGGGUACGAUCUCUUCUGCCAGGACCUGGAGGACAUUGUGAAUCAGUACAAUACACUGGCCUAUCAAGAAGUCAAGGUUGCCGAGGUGUUGGAGAAAUUUCUACAGCAGAAGGUUGCAGUCACCACAGCCAUUCUGCAGGCUGAUGAUAAACUAACCGAAAACGAAAGAAGGAUUUGCGAGGAGAGAGAGCGGGCCGUCCUUCUGGAACAGGAGAUGAAGGCCCAGGAAGAGAGGCAGCGUCAGCUGGAGGAGAAGAUGGUGAUUGAAGAACAGAAUAAUGAGGAGAGGGUGAGACAGGUCAUACAGAAGAUGGAAGAGGAGAUGUUCGUCCAGCAGCAGGAGACAAAGCGCGCCAUGGACAGUAAGCUGAGGGAACAGGCUGCCCUGAUGGAGAAGGGCUUUCAGGAGAACGCUAACAAAAUGGCCAGCGAGAUAGAGCAGUUGAGGAGGAAGAAUAAAGAGGUAGAGGAUAGGAAGUCCAGAGAGCUCGCAAAGAUGAUAGCGGAUCAGGAGCGAAGAAAUGCACAGAGCAUGGAAGUGCUGAGGCAACAGCACAGACAGCAGGUGGAAGCGAUUAACAGCAGACCGAGACCUGCGUCUCGAUCCUGUUCUAUACAGUGAAACGUGUUGAUGGUCAUAGUGCACUGCUUUCACACAAUUCUGAAUUCAUAACUACUAUAAUCUCACUGAAAACAAUUCCAUUGUGUUCUUACAGAAAAUACUUACAUGUAACCCUCUUUGCAGUCGUUUUCACAACUGACUAAUUUAA